CAGAGUAAAAGUCACGUUGGAACGAAAGGGGAGCGCUAUCCACUUACAGCUGCUGCCAGAUAUUCGAUCGCAUUCGCAUGGCGAGGGGUAACCUGAUCGGCUGAAGGCUUGCCGGAACCAGGGAGGAGUGACUUACCAGGAAAGGCUUGAAAAAUGUCUUCUUCUUCAGGAGAAGUCACAAUUUCAAAUGACAUUCAGAAGGAAAAUGUGAAGACGGACAGGCGAGAGUGUAUCAAGCUUCUGGCGCUCGAUACCGCGGAGUUGUCUAUGGAGCGCACAACUUCGAACACUGAUGCGGUCCACAGUGAACUUCUGGUGAGCGCGACUUCUUCCCUGGCAUUCUCCCCGGAGCAAGUGGCGUGCGUCUGCGAGGCUCUGCAGCAGGGAGGCAAUGUGGACCGGCUGGCCAGGUUUUUAUGGUCCUUGCCACAGAGUGACCUGCUACGCGGCAACGAAAGCAUCCUGAAAGCUCAAGCUCUUGUCGCUUUUCAUCAGGCUCGGUACCAGGAGCUCUACAGUAUUUUGGAGAACCACAGCUUCAGUCCGUCCAACCACUCCUCGCUGCAAGACCUCUGGUACAAGGCACGGUACACCGAGGCAGAGAAAGCGCGUGGGAGACCCCUGGGCGCCGUGGAUAAAUAUCGCCUGCGGAGAAAGUACCCACUCCCCCGGACUAUCUGGGACGGGGAAGAGACAGUAUACUGCUUCAAAGAGAGGUCCCGCAACGCGCUGAAGGAUCUCUACAAGCAGAAUAGAUACCCCUCUCCAGCCGAGAAAAGAAACCUCGCUAAAAUCACGGGACUCUCUUUGACGCAGGUCAGCAACUGGUUCAAAAACAGGAGACAGAGGGACAGAAACCCAUCCGAAGCACAAUCAAAAAGUGAGUCUGAUGGCAACCACAGCACAGAGGAUGAGUCUAGUAAAGGACAGGAAGAGCUCUCUCCACUCCCCCUCUCCAAUUCAUCUGACGGGGCGAUGACCCAUGGGCCCCUCCCCCUGCAGACAGGGUCUCUGGACAGUGGGUUGGUAAUCAAACAGAUUGGGGACAUCAAGAUGCCCCCUGGAUCCAGCAGUGGGGUUCUCUUUAAUGGGAACCUAGUGACCAGUAACCCCUCCACUGUCUUCCAUAACGGUGGCUCGUCUUACCUCCAGGCCCCCAGCAACAUCCUGUUCAACGGGCUCAACCUGGGUGUCCAGCCCCUGGCCUUCAACCCCCAGCGGCUCUCUGGGGGGGUCCUAAUGGGGGGCUCUGGUGUGGACAUGCAGAUGCAGGCAGGCCAGGAGAAGGGGCUGGGCAGCUCCAGUGUGGACUACGCCUCCUACUCCGGCUGUGUGAACGGGGCAGAGGUGAAACUGGAGGGGGUUUACAGCAUGGCAGCUCAAAAUGCCGGCUCGUCCGUCCUCACGUUCAGUUCGUCCUCAGGGGCGCUCCAGCUGGGCGGUUACAGUCAGGUCCAUGUGCACAGCGGCAUAUCUGACGGCAACGGGGCAUCUCUGCUCAACAGCAAUGUAGGUCUUCCUCCUCUGCAGCUCCCCUCUGGCUCCUCCUCCUCAGCACUCUCACAAGGUACAAUCCAAGUGAACAAUGUAGCAGUCAGUUCUUCCAGUGAGGACUCCUACCACCACCAGCACCAUCAGGACAAGCUGGCCAUGGCCCCCAUGCACCCCAGCACGGUGCUGUACAGCAUGGGCAACGCUGGACAGACCUCCAUCAAGAAGGAGCCCCUGGAGGGAGGCGGGGGUGGUGGGGUGUACUCUUACCACCAUGGCCUUCACCUGGACCCCAGUGGGCAGCUCAGUUACUCCUCAGCCCCCCUAAACUCAGAGGAGGUCCCUUCUAGCCAGGGCCCCACCCCCUCCUCUGACAUAACCAUGGACAGCUCCUCCAGUCUAGAGCCUGAGGUCUACACCACCCUCACCGUCAGCACCCCUCUGAUGGCCCAAACAGACCCGAACGUCCACCACCUCCAGUCUGGGGAGUACCUCAGGGGCCACAACCCACAGCCUGUCCCCUCCUCACACAUCCUGGGCCCUGGCAUGAACAACAACUACAUGUCUGUGUCAGAGAGUAAGGUGGACGCUAGUGGCGAUGGGGUGAAUGAGAUGGUACGGGUCAUGUGUGAGGAGAUGGAGCCGGGAGAGGAGAAGGAGCUGGCCAAAUUACAGACAGUGCAGAUGGACGAGGAUAUGGCUGACCUUUAACCUGUAACCUAUGACGUUUCAUAAGCACUCAUAUCUGCCCAAGCAGUGAUGUGGUGAAUAUUUUUACUUUUUUGUGUGUUUUUUUACCAUUCAUUUCUUCUAAGUGUUAAAUUAUUUGCUAAUGUUGUGUUCAUUUUACCUUACAAUGCACUCUAUUCAGAUACAAACCCCUUGGAUUGGCACCAUGAAGUCAUCCUAAUGAAUUAUUUUAAAACCCCCGAUUCCUCUAUGCCUCACAAAAAGUCAGAACUAGAAGUCCCUUGCAUGCAUAUGAACCACAUUCUAAGUGUGCAUUUUUUAUAUACAACACCUGCUACUUCCCAUUGAGUGGACUUGAUCCACAGAAGCAGGUGUUGGAAUGGCCCUGGUCAUGUGACCAGGAUGUUCCUCCAAACUAAAUGCGUCAUCUGGGUCAACUCAAAAAGGUCCUUUAGUAGGGGGAGGGGAGCGUCUCUGUGAAAAUGUUCACUAAACCACUACAACUGCUGCACUGAAAACCACACAUAAAACCACACUGAAAACCACACAUAAAACCACACUGAAAACCACACAUAAAACCACACUGAAAACCACACAUGAAUAACAGGACCAUCACUGUGCACAGCAGUUGCUGAUUUAUGCAAUUUAGUCCUCUUCAAAUUCUCAGAAAAUCAUUCAAGUCUACCAUCCUCCAUUCAUCAUUUGUUACAUAUCAUGUGGGCUGAGGAUGAUUCAUCAUAUUUAUGGCAUGGUUUCUGUUCGAGGGACUUAAGAAGAAAUGAAUGUGCCUUUCUGCCCCGUAGAAUGUCAGUCUGCACUGACCUCUCCUAAUUUGCACUAGCAUCAAAACACUAUAACAGAAGAUUGUAGCUUCAAAGAACCUACCUUUCCCUCUGGACUGAUCAAACCAUAGCAAGUCUAUACUGUGAAAACAUAUUUCAAGCUUCAUCCAUUAUUGGAGACGGGGCGAGGUUAUAAAGGGGUUGUGAAACAGUCUCUAUCUAUUUGAACGUAGUAAGACCACUAUAUGCUGUUUGUUCAUUUUGGCAACAGUACGUCCCAUCAUUCAUUUUGAAAUGUCUCCCAAACUGUCUCUGUGAAAAUAUGCAUCAGUUAUAUUUGUCUACACAGUAAGAUGCAAAGACAUUUAUAUGAUUGACUGGUGUGCCUGUUUGUGUGUUUGUAUGAGAAACUGGAAGGGGAGCAUUGUGUUUGAGGGAGAAGAACCACAUGCAGUCCGAAGUGUUUUAUAUGAAGAGGGAUUUCUAUUGUGUCCCUUUGCAUGGCAAACUGAGUUAAGAAUAUUACAAUGUCCUGGUUAAUAGUGCCUUUUACUUUGAAUUGUUAUUUUCUAAAUACGAUUGAGUGUGACUAGCAAGUUCUCUACACUCUAUGAUUGAUGCAUAGGUGCAGAGCGAGACACAUGCAAAACUUCCAUGGUUUUCAGAUAAAGCUAUUCCACUUUGGGUCAUUUUCUGGUAUUAUCAGAUAGGUGCAUAAGCCAGACAUCUCCUAUGGUGUUGAGGUAGGGAGUAAGUGGGCCUCAUACAUCAACAAAUGUAUGUGGAGCACUUCACAACUGAAGACAUGAACUCCACACAGACACACAACACAAAACCAUAAUACCCCAUCUCAACCGCAUGACCAACAGAUGUCAUUUACACAUAACAGUAAGACAUUAAGACAAAGAUCCAUGUACAUAGAGACUUGCCAGUACAUUUUCCUUUGUCAGGUUCCAUGACCUAAACCCUCACUCAGAGUAGAGCUAUGAACAGACUGCAAACUGACAUAAAGAUUACAUUACAGAACAACUUUGUCUACAUGCUCUGAUGUCAUAUACCAAAAAUAAGCCAUAGGCAUAUGGUAAAACAGAUUGUUUUUUAUUUUAGCUUGAACUGUAUGUUUGUAAUCUGAAAUGAUGUGAAUGUAUUUUUCUAAAUCUCCAUACUGCAUUAAAAGUUUAUAUUUAUAAAAAUA